GGAGGUGUGGUUUGCUCCAUGGAUCUGCUGGCCCUUCCCAGUGUCCCCUCACCUUUGCUGUCUCCAUCAGAAUCUUCCUGGCAGCUGCUGCCAGGUGCUCUCGGUGCCGAGGGCUGUCCGGAUGCUCCUGGAGCUGGAAUGCUGCUAGCACCACGUCCCUCCCAGCCUGGAGCAGGGAUUCACCCACGGGACACAUCUCCGUGCUCCCUUCCUCACCGGAGUCCUCGGACAGCCUGGAAUGGAAGGACUGGGCUCAGCACUCCUGUCUCUUCCCCGCUCCCUAUCCCACCUCUCCAGGAGGAUACAAGCUCCCUGCUACCUUUUCCAUCUCUUCCCAGCCCCAAAAUCCAGCCGGGAGACUCCCAUCCACCUCACCUCCUUGCCACAGCAGCGAGUUCUUCCAUAGCUUUGGCUAAUUUUCCUGCCUUUUCCCCCAAAGUGGGAAAGGCCUGACAAAUCCCAUCUUCCCGUUCCAGGGCGAGGAGGAGGUGGCAGAACUCCACAGCCAUGGGACAGAGAAUUCCCUGGAUAGCUUUGUUUUCUGUUGGGAGCCCGAGCUCAGAGAGAGAAAAAGGCUCCAUGUUGUCCUGCCUGGAAAAGGGAAAACCCCCUGGGGUUAAUUGGGAUCCAGUGUGGAACUGCUCCCGGUUUUCCCAGCGAGCUUGGAUGGGGAUGGCAGUUCCUGGCUUGGGAAACGCUCGCGGCUUUAAUUUCGCCCAGCCCUGAAACCAGGUCACUCACCUGGAAUUCCUGGGACACCGGAGCCGGGAUUUCCUUUCCGGGGGAUCAUCACACGGUGUUCCCGGCACUGCAGAGCCGGCAUUCCCUCAGAGGGAGGGAUUCGGGACAGCGAGCCGGGGGGAGCGCGAGGUCUUUCCUCCCCGGUUCCCGCGGUUCCCGGGACGCCAUGCGGGAUGUUCCCAUGGGAGCGACGCCGGGAUGCGCCAGCGUCGCCAUGGAGAUAACGGGCGCGGGGCGAUGACGUCGCGCCGCGCGCCGGCCGCGAGGCACGCCGGGAGUUGUAGUUCGGCGCGUUCAUGGUAAUGGGAUUCCCUCGGCCCGGGUGCGCAGGGGAGGGAUCAGGCAGGAAUAUCCCAGUUUCCCCCGUACAGGGCUCGCUGCUUCCAGGAGCGUUUUUGAACAACUCAAAUGUGCGCUCAUGUAACGGGGCCAGGAUCAUAGGUGACCCUUCUGAUUAUCCUCAGUGUGGAAUAUUCCCAGGAGAGUGUAGCCUACCGCCCGGGAAUCUGAGCUUCAGCUCGCCUGCGUUACAGGUGCGGGAAUUCCCUGGAAACUCGCAGAAUGACAUAAACAACCUUCAGGAUAAGGACUGAUCUGCCACAGAUCCCACCGCCAGCUGGGAUCCCGCUCCCAUUCCCAGAGCCGUCUUUUGAGUUAGCUCCCGAAGGAAUCCCGCUUUUGGGAAUACCCGGAGGGCCGCGGCUGCGCGGAUCCCAGCCGCCGGGAGGAGCCGCUCAUCCCCGAUCCCCGCCGGAUCCCGCAUCCCGCACCCUGCGCGCGCCCCGCCCCGCGCACGCGCCCGGCGCGCUCCCGCUGCCGCGGCGGAGGAGGAGGAGGAGGAAGAAGGAGAGCAGGAAAAGCGGGAGCGAUGGACAGCGCCGGCAAGGAGCGGGAGGCCGUGCAGCUGAUGGCGGAGGCCGAGAAGCGGGUCAAGGGCUCGCACUCCUUCCUGCGGGGGCUCUUCGGGGGCAACACCCGGGUGGAGGAGGCCUGUGAGAUGUACACCAGGGCUGCCAACAUGUUCAAGAUCGCCAAAAACUGGAGUGCGGCAGGAAAUGCCUUUUGCCAGGCAGCCAAGCUGCACAUGCAGCUCCAGAGCAAGCACGACUCAGCCACCAGCUUUGUGGACGCCGGGAACGCCUACAAAAAAGCAGAUCCGCAAGAGGCCAUCAACUGCUUAAACGCAGCCAUCGAUAUCUACACCGACAUGGGCCGCUUCACCAUCGCUGCCAAGCACCACAUCACCAUCGCUGAGAUCUACGAGGCCGAGCUGGUGGACAUCGAGAAGGCCAUCGCACACUACGAGCAGGCUGCAGAUUACUACAAGGGAGAGGAAUCCAACAGCUCAGCCAACAAAUGUCUGCUGAAGGUGGCGGCCUAUGCAGCGCAGCUGGAGCAGUACCAGAAAGCCAUCGAGAUCUACGAGCAGGUGGGAACAAACACGAUGGAUAACCCUUUGCUCAAGUACAGCGCCAAAGAAUAUUUCUUCAAAGCUGCCCUGUGCCACUUCAUCGUGGAUGAGCUGAAUGCCAAGCUUGCGCUGGAGAAAUACGAAGAAAUGUUCCCGGCUUUCACAGAUUCCCGGGAAUGCAAGCUAUUGAAAAAACUGCUGGAAGCUCAUGAGGAGCAGAACAGCGAGGCCUACACCGAGGCUGUGAAGGAAUUCGACUCCAUCUCGCGGCUGGAUCAGUGGCUCACCACGAUGCUGCUGCGCAUCAAGAAAACCAUCCAGGGCGAGGGCGACGGCGACCUCAAGUGACGCCCGCGGGCCCUUCCCGCCUCCAGCCGAGGACUUUUCGGGAAUUCCCGACCCAAUCCCGCGCUUUCUUUCGUCGCUUCCCACUCCCAUGGCUCACUGUGUUUCUUUAGCCCCCGCUCUGUGGUGACGCUCCGGGCGGAUGCCAGGCAGGAGAAGCCCUUGGAGCGGAAUUCCUCCUUCUCCUCCUCGGGUUUGGUCCCGCUCAUCCCGGUGCCUGCACUCGCAGCUCCCGGUUUUCCUGCUGUUCCGUUGAUUCCAGCAUGUAAAUAUUCCAUCCAGGCCAGCACAGUACAAAUAUGCGCUUCCAGCCCGUUGUGUUCCCAUUUUCCCGUUCCCAAGUGUUGGAUACACUUGGAUUUGGGGGUCUGGAAGUGGUGCUAGGCAGAGGCUUUGGGAAUUGGGAAUAUCCCGCACACCCCCACCACGCCACAGGCAUUCCAGGAGCCUAGGAUCGGUGUCAGCCCUAGGUCCUGGUUGGUUUCCACUUUUCUUGGAUUGAUUUUCCACUUCAGUUCGUGGUGCAUCCCAUCUCUCCACUUCCAAAUAAUUCCACCUGAGGAAGGAUCUAUUUUUGUACCUCACCCUCUGCGUGUGCCGGGCACAAUCCCUAAAUUCCAGCUCCUCGGCUGCAUGCAGGUGUUGAUCCCACAGGAGCCUUGUUGGAAUUCGGGUGGCAGGGGGGGCACAGUUUGCUUGGGAAAAGUUGAAAAAUUCCUGCAGGAAUUGAUGGGUAUGUUGUUACGGAGAGAGGAGUGAGCUGCCUGGUUUUUCAAGGAUGCAUCGGAGGCGUUGGGAACUUGUGCAAUUUGUCACUCUUUGGGAAGAGUGAAGUCAGCAAUUAAGGGCUGUUCUGGAGGCUCCAGGCAGCCCCAGCCCCUCUUUCCUCUGGAAAAGUCAGGUUGGAAUGUUGGGCUUUGGAUAGAGCUUGGCUCGUUGGGCUCUAAAAUUCUGAAAACCAAAAAUCCCGAUCCAUGCCAAAUUCUCCUUGGUUUGGUGUUUUCCCACCCUUCCCAAUCUCUGUUUCCCACAGGUCCUUGUGUUCAUCCCAAACAUCCCAGCCAGAUGGAAAAGCCCGGGCUUGGGAGGCAGCAGGGGGGAUCUCCCAGCUCCAGGCUUGGAAGCACACGGAGUUCAUGCAUUCCCAUCCUUAGGAAUGGCUUUAUCAGGCGUCCAGCACUGUGGGAGCCGGGAUGAGGGGAAGCACAGCUUGGGAGGCUCCACUUUUCCCGGUGUUUUUUCGGUUCUGUUGCCGUUCCCUGUGUCAGUGUUGUAGGACAGGAGGAGCAGGAGGGCUGUUACUCCAUCCCUACACCUGGUAGUUGUGUGUGAGUAGCUCCAGCAUGUCCUCUGCAGUAUCCAUGGUGAAUUGUGACGGUUCCCAGGUGACAAUUCCGCCACUCCCGCUGUAUUCCCGCCCCACCUCCAUCACUCUCUACUCGGAAAACUUAUUUAAGGAAAUGGCCUUAGCAAGAAUAUCAUGUUUGGUGUGACUGUACAUGAAUAAAGUGAAAAUCAUGGAUGGAA